CAGUGUGAAGAGAGUAGCACAUUUCCAUCACCUCUGGAAAACAUGGCUGCACCCUUGUCUGUCAGGCGAGAAUUAUUUACUUUGGCAAGGAUACUGAGCCGAGUUUCACAACAAGUUCCAAGAAGUUUGACCACAGGCUUGAGUAAUAGAAAAUGUGGUAUAACCAGGUUUCAUGUCCCUCUGACAUCCAGCGCCUCCUUCCACAUUGCAGCGAGGUUGUCAUCAACGCCUUCAUCUAUCACUGUCACAGAAGAGCCGGACACCCUCUUCCAGAAGGUGGUGAUUUUGGUCAAAGGUCAUGACAGAGCUGUGCUGGACAGCUAUGAGUUCUUUGCUACCUUGGCGGCUAAAGAGCUGGGCUUAAAUAUCAGCAAAGUUUUUGAACCACCCAAGGAAAUAGAGAGGCUCACACUCCUGAAGUCAGUACACAUCUUUAAGAAUCACAGAGUCCAGUAUGAGAUGAGAACACAUUACCGCUGUGUUGAGCUGUCACACAUCACAGGCAGCACAGCACAAGUAUACCUUGAAUACAUCCAGAGGAACCUCCCUGAGGGUGUAGCCAUGGAGGUGACAAAGACUGCCAUGGAGAAGGUUCCAGACCACAUCCUCGAGCCCAUGUGGAAGGACCAACCCAGCAAUGAGUCCAGCCAGUAAAACUGUGACGUUGGCGCACAUCGAAUGUCUUUUCUGUUAUUGUGAUUUUGCAUAAUAGACUUAAUAGAUCCUCCUCAGCUACAGACCAUCCUCAUUGCAGAUGCGACAUUUGUCCUGACAGAAUUGUUCUCCUUGUUCUCUUGACUGGAAAUGGAUCUUUUGUGGUUACGAGUAAAUGAAUUCUGCAUUUAAUAUCAACUGUUCUUUUGUUUUUGCCAGAAUUGUGAUUAAGCUCUAAAGACACCAUAGCUGGUUGAUUAAUUCUGGAACAAUCACGAAGGACACAAAACCUGCACACUUUAUUUACUUUAAGAAUUUAUUAAAUCAUUUAUACACAAACACACAUAUACAAAGCUUCCUGUUGGGGUGAAAACAGCACAACAAACUCUCUCUUGUCAGUUGAAAACAUAUUACAAUAUAUUAUUAUAAUAUUAUAUUCUAAUUAAGUUCCCUUCCUCAUCAGCAAAUUUACAGAAUUGACCAUCAAGUCAUCUUGACUAUCUGUACACAAUAACAUUUUAAACUAGUAUAAAUUAUAUAAAUAUAAACAAUACUUGCUCACAUGCCGGAACUGUUCAAGUUUUUUAAAUUCCUGUUUUUUUGGUCCAGAAGUAAAAGGUGUUCAGCUUGAUCAAAUACAUUUUCUAAACUCAGAAACAUAUAUUUUUCAAAUCUCAACACACCUUCCAGUAGUAUUCGGAUAAAUGAGGUGGCUCUCAGCACUGUUUGCACUAUUAAAGUGUCUGUGAGCUCCAGCCUUCUUUUAUCCUUCGAAAACUUUCUCUACAUAAAAAGUGUCAUCAUUGGCUACAACCUGUCCUGCAAUAUGAAGCAGUUUUACUGGGGAAAGGAUCUAUCCACCACAAAAUUACAUAUUAAAAGUCUUAUUUUUGGGCAUGUUCCUUGGACUUUGUACGCAAGAAACUCAAUGUUCAAGACUUUAGAAGACCCAUUUACCCCCAAUUCCUCUGUGUCUUGCUGGUUCUGGUCUGACUGCUGGCUCCACCCAGCCUGAAAGAGAACAUCUCCUGGUUUCAGAGAGGGAUUAAGACACAAGCGGAGGCUCACCUUUUUCAAGUUAUGCGUUGGGCCUCAGGUGUCACGUCGCUGGAGGAGGGGAGACGUGAGGGAGGGCCUGGGUUCCUGGGACCAGGGAGGUUUAACUGUACUGUGUGCCCCCCUUCAGGAGACAACAACUGUCAGUCUGUUACAAACAACCAAAAGUAGAAACAAGAAGGAACUGCAGAAGCUGAAGAGAUAGCAACAUGCACUGAAAGUGCUGCGGAGAGGCAAACUGAUGGAAGAGGGGCUGAGCACUUCUUUGCUCUGCAGCAUUGAAUUCUCUGCACUUUUGGUGUGGCCCAGGAAGUGAAAAAGUCAAAUCCUUGUUUGUGCUAGCAGUGAGCAAAAAAUUAAAUGAAUAAAAAAAUAAUUUUUAUGUAUGUAAGGAAUAUUUUUUGUCUCACACGAUUGCUUGUUAUGUAUAAAGGCCAGCCUAAGACACAGUGUAAACAGAACUGAAGAUAUUCACAUAGUCAAACACUUGUCUUUGACUCAAUGACCAUACCAUAAUAUCUCCAGUACAGCAAAUACAUGGCAAGAGACAAAUAAUUAAGAUUAGAAGAAAACAAGCAGAAAUUUAAAAGACUAUUGCCUGAAGAAAGUUAAAAUCUCUGAAGUGUAUCUUCUUCAAACCCUGGUCUGAUUUGAAGCCACAAUAAAGCACUUGUCUCUUAGCACAGUAAAGAAAUAUGGCAGUCCUUGGUCAUA